AAUAUUUUUCGGAUGUGGAGAAAACAACCAGAUGAAGCCAAAUCGUGGGAAACGGUUCGGUUUAAAAGAAAACAAAAAAUGGAACAACAUCGUCAAUCAGUUUUAAACCCCGAACCCAAGUUAAAACGUGAAGUGCUGCCAUCAGAUGUCCUCAAAGUGGUUGUUGUGAAAGAGGAGGAGCCAGAGCCCUCCCGCGUGAAAGACAAAGACAAGGAAGCUGACAAGUUCCGUGUGAAAAGUGAAGGAGAUGACGGAGAGCAAGCUGGAUGGUUACAACUUCAUUGCAGUGAGGAGACGAGUCGUCAAGACUAUGUUUUAAGUCCAUUGUCAGACUGUGAAGACACAACAUCACAAUCUACUGACCGUGAUGACAGCGACCACACUGAAGAACCUCUGAAGACUAACAAACACUCGGAAGGUGACCACAACAAACCCCUGAAAUGUUCGCCAUGUGACAAAAGUUUUGUUCAAGAGAAGAAUCUGACGAGACAUAUGAGGACCCACGCAGGAGACCAGACUCUGGCUUGUUCAUUUUGUAGCAGGAUGUUCAAGCAGCGUUCAGAUUUAAUAGUUCACUGUCGCAUUCACACUGGAGAGAAACCUUUCACUUGCUCGGUUUGCGGCGGAAGCUUCUCCCAAAAAGGCAGUUUGGUGAGACACACAAGAGGACACACAGGAGAGAAACCUUUUUCAUGCUCAGAGUGCGACGCAAGCUUCCGUCGGCGAUCAGCUUUGGUCAAACACACGAGAACGCACACUGGAGAGAAACCUUUCCCCUGCUUGGUGUGCGCUAAAAGGUUCUCCGAUAAAAAAAACAUGACGGUUCAUAUGAGAACGCACACGGGUGAAAAACCUUUUUGUUGCUCGGUCUGUGGUGAAAGAUUCUCUGAUAAGAAAAAUAUGAUGAUUCACAUGAGAACACACAGCGGAGAGAAACCUUUUUGCUGCACAACUUGCGGCGAGCGAUUCUCUCAGAGGUGCAGUUUGAUGAGACACACAAGGACUCAUACGGGAGAGAAACCUUUUUCCUGCUCAGUUUGCACCAAAACCUUCUCAGUGAAGAAAAACAUGAUGACGCACAUGAGGACACACUCUGGAGAAAAACCAUUUGCUUGUCCAAUUUGUGCUAAAACUUUCUCAAUUAAGAAAAAUAUGAUGACGCACAUGAGAACGCACACUGGAGAAAAACCGUUUUCAUGCACGGUUUGUGCGAAAAAGUUCUCAGAUAAGAAAAACAUGAUGAUACACAUGAGGACACACACGGGAGAAAAGCCUUUUCCUUGUCCAGUGUGCGCUAAGAGUUUUUCCGUGAAGAAGAACAUGAUGAGACACAUGAGGACGCACACUGGUGAGAAACCCUUCUCCUGCUCAGUGUGCAAUGAAAGGUUCUCUCAAAAGGGAAGCAUGAUGAGACACACAAGGACGCAUUUUCCUCAUUGACCCAUGCUGAUGAAUGAGGUCCAUGUGGACAAACAACAAGAUGUCAUCGUUGGAAGUGAAUGUGAUGGACAUGACAUUUUAU